UGGCAAAGAAGCAUAGGAUGUCGUACCCCCGACGAAGAUGACGACAACAAUAUCACGAGCGCUGUGUUCGGCCAGGCUGAAGGCGGCCCUGAGAUGUGAACACCGACUUGCAGCCUGUACAAGAGGCGCGUUCAUUGCAUCAGCGACGACUGCCCCACCACGAAGACCGUCAGCGGGUCACCAACUCCGACAUGCCUCUUCGUCUUCACCUUCACAUACAUCUUCCAGACCCAAGGCCAAUUACGUCACAACACCGAUAUUCUACGUCAAUGCUGAUCCUCACGUCGGCCACUUGCACAGCAUUGUGCUUGCAGAUGUCUUGUCGCGAUGGGCUCAGGCCAGGAAUGGGGGUUGGUCGUCAUCACUCGCCGAAGAAAGUCCAACCAAGGCGAUCUUAUGCACGGGGACCGACGAGCACGGGAUAAAGGUGCAGAAAGUUGCGGAAGCUACAAGCGUUGAGCCAAGAGCGUUAUGCGAUCGAGUCAGCGGUCGCUUCAGAGACCUUGCGGAUGCAGCUGGGGCAGGGUACUCGAGGUUUAUCAGGACCACAGACAAAGACCACGUCAAAGCGGUUGAACAUCUCUGGAAGGCCCUUGAGGACGCAGGCCACAUCUACAAGGGGUCGCAUGAAGGAUGGUACAGCGUCUCCGACGAGACCUUCUACCCAGAGUCCCAGAUACGUCCGGCACAAGACAGCGAACUGACUGCGCAACAGAAAGAGUCAAAUGAAGCCAUCAUGGUCUCCACUGAGACGGGGUCCCUCGUGGAGUGGAGCAGCGAGGAGAACUAUAAAUUCCGGCUAUCGAGCUUCCAAGACCAGAUCAUCGAGUGGCUGGAGACAAACUCGCGUGCAGUCGUACCUCAAGUUCGAUACGAGGCGCUCUUGGACGAGGUCAAGUCGGGGCUGGCAGACCUGAGCAUCUCAAGACCUCGAUCGAGGCUGAGCUGGGGCAUCCCCGUCCCCGAUGACAAAGAUCAUACCAUGUAUGUCUGGAUCGACGCCCUGACAAACUACCUCACCGUCGCGGGCUACCCUUGGAAAGAAGCAGGUGGAACGCACAGUGACCAACAAGGAUGCUGGCCACCGGAUUCGAUGGUCAUCGGCAAGGAUAUUAUCAGGUUCCACGCCAUAUACUUUCCCGCUAUGCUCAUGGCUCUGGGAUUGCCCUUGCCUCGUCAUAUUGUGACCCAUGGCCACUGGACGAUGAACAAAUCCAAGAUGAGCAAAUCUCGAGGCAAUGUCGCCGACCCUUUUGAGUCGAUUAGACGCUUUGGCAAGGACGAGAUCCGAUGGUUUCUCUGUCGCGUCGGCGGCAACCUAUCGAACGACGCCGACUGGUCAGAGGCGACACUGCUCGAGUUCCACCGGAAGCAGCUCCAGGGCCAGCUGGGUAAUCUAGCUAGUCGCAUCCUGGCGCCCAAGCUCCAGGCUCGAUUGGUGGAGCACGCAAAGCGGAACGACCACCGUCAAGAUGGAAAAUGUGUCGUUGGUAAGCCCGAGCGCACUUUUGAAGCGUCCGUCGUCGACACGCUCCAGAGUCUGCCAGCAAGGGUCGAUGAACACUUCAAAGCCUUUGAGGUCCAUCGCGCCCUCGAGGCUGUUUCAGAAGCCGUUGGCGAGGUCAAUGAGAUGCUGCAGCGCACCGAGCCGUGGUCGACCAAGAUCUGCACGGACGACGAGGCGGGAAAGGUAGUCUACUUGGCCAGCGAGGCGUGCAGGAUCGUUGCAUGGCUUCUCAAACCCUUUAUGCCAACAAAGAUGGAGCAGCUCCAGCGGGAGCUUGGGCUAAUGGGAGAGGCUGUGCGAUGGGAGGACCUUGGUGUGCUCAGGGACCAUGUAAUACUGAGGACCAAAGGGGAGAAGGUACAGCCCCUGUUUCCCAAGAUUGAUUAAUUGUAUUCCUAUC